AUGACUAUGGAUGAUGGCAAUUGGGGUGGGUGGGUCCGAUUAUGGGCUAUGGUUGGUCGUGGCUCGCGGUGGUUGGUGAGAAGUGGCUCGCGGGUUCAAGUGGUGAUGAUGGGUUCUGGUGAAGGAAAUGAGAGUCGGGACUAUGUGAGUCUAAAUCUAGGAAUGAGUGAAGGAGAAGGGUUUUGCUACCAGAAAAAGAGGAUGAAUGAGGUAACACGGAGAUUAAGAGUUUCAGUAUCUGCAAUGAGUGAUGAGUCAGUCAAUCAGUUAAGUUUUCACCGUCCUGAUGUGAGAUAUGCACUAAGCCUUACUCUUGAGUUUGAGUAUCUGGGACAGAAAAGCUCUAUGCCUACCCUAACUUCUAAGUGA